GCCAUCCGGUCCUUUUUUAGCACGGAGCUAACCGGGCAGACCCCGCCUCCUCUUAAUUUGUCAACAAAGGGGUUUGACAAGCUCGGAGAGGCCCUGCCCCCAUGUUUCCAUAAAAGGAUGAUUUGGCCAUACACGGCCAACAACCGAGCCGUGUGUAACCUCUUCCCGUCCCCGUCCCGUUCAUAUGGUGCGUUGACUUCCUCCGUCGCCGUUAAAGCGGAGCUAUCAUGGCGGAGCGCGUACAGCAGCCCCCGGCCAAGCGGCUCUGCUGUCGACCGGGAUACAGCGCGACAUGUCGGCAAGGCCAGCGGGCCGCGGGGGCUCCGUGCGGCGGCUCCGGAGCCACCCAGGGCGAGUCGAGCAAAACCCAGAACCCGGAGACCCUGCUGGACAUCGCGGCGAGGAAAGUCGCGGAGAAGUGGCCGUUUCAGAGGGUCGAGGAGCGUUUCGAGCGGAUCCCGGAGCCCGUUCAGAGACGGAUCGUUUACUGGUCUUUCCCGAGGAGCGAGCGGGAGAUCUGCAUGUACUCGUCGUUCAACACCGGCGGGGAGGAGCUCGGGAGUAGCGGGGAGAGUAGCAACGAAACGCGGCUGCCGUUCCGACGGGGCAUCGCUCUGCUGGAGAGCGGCUGCGUGGACAACGUACUGCAAGUCGGGUUUCACCUCAGCGGCACAGUGAGGGAACCGGCCACGUCCUCAGAGCCCGAGCUGGUCUGCAACGUCAGCGUCAGCUUCGACCGCUGCAAAAUCACAGCGGUAACCUGCAGCUGCGGCAACAAGGACAUCUUCUACUGCGCCCACGUUGUGGCGCUCUCCCUGUACCGAGUACGGAAGCCCGAGCAGGUCAAACUGCGCCUGCCCAUCUCAGAGACUCUAUUCCAAAUGAACAGAGAUCAGCUGCAGAAGUUUGUCCAGUACCUGAUCACAGUGCACCACACCGAGGUGCUGCCGACGGCACAGAAACUGGCCGAUGAAAUCCUGUCGCAGAACUCGGAGAUCAACCAGGUUCACGGAGCUCCAGAUCCGACGGCGGGCGCCAGCGUGGACGAUGAGAACUGCUGGCAUCUGGACGAGGAGCAGGUUCAGGAACAGGUCAAGCUCUUCCUCUCCCAGGGCGGGUACCACGGCUCGGGGAAACAGCUCAACUUACUGUUCAGCAAGGUGAGAGAGAUGCUGAAGAUGAGGGACUCAAACGGCGCUCGCAUGUUAACGCUGAUCACAGAGCAGUUCAUGGGCGACCCCAGACUGGCGCUGUGGAGGCAGCAGGGGACCACCAUGACUGACAAGUACAGGCAGCUGUGGGACGAACUAGGAGCCCUGUGGAUGUGCAUCGUGCUGAACCCCCACUACAAACCCGAGCAGAAGGGUUUCUGGCUCCGACAGCUUCGCAGGUGGAACAGCGUGGACGUCUGCCCCUUGGAGGACGGUAACCAUGGCAGCGAGCUGACCAAUCUGACCAACGCACUGCCCCAGGGCCCCGCUGGUAACCCAGAUUCACAUACUCGGCCUCACCGGACAGUUUUCACACGAGCCAUCGAGGCCUGCGACCUGCACUGGCAGGACCCCCACCUGCAGCACAUCAUCACCGAGGACCACUACACCAACUACUGUUACCAUGACAACCUCGACAGCUCCCUCUUCGACGCUCGAGGGUGGCCCCUGUGGCACGAGCACGUCCCGACUGCGUGUGCCCGAGUGGACGCUCUGAGGUCACACGGUUACCCUAAAGAAGCACUCAGGCUCGCCAUCGCAAUAGUAAACACACUGCGGCGACAACAGCAGAAACAGCUCGAGUUCUUCCGCACUCACAAAAAAGAGCUGCUUCAUAAAGGAAUAACAUCAGUGACCAACCUGGAGGGCUGGGUGGGCCACCCUCUGGACCCCAUCGGCACUCUGUUCAGCACCCUCAUGGAGACGGGGCGAGGCAGCGAGGACGGAGCUGCCCCGCUGCUCGACUUCUCAGGCUCGGCGGGUUCAGGCAGGAGGACGGAGCACCCUGUCUGUCCGGCGCAGCGUUUCCUGGAGGAGGGCGAGUCGCUGGUGUCGCUGGCGGUGGAGACGGCUCUGAUCGGGCUCGGGCAGCAGAGGGUGAUGCCGGACGGCCUGUACGCUCAGGAGAAGGUGUGCCGCAACGAAGAGCAGCUGCUGGCCAAACUUCAAGAGGUCGACUUGGACGACACGCUGGUGAAGAUCUUCCGGAAACAAGCUGCUUUCCUGCUAGAGGCGGGUCCGUACAGUGGUCUGGGGGAGUUACUCUACAGAGAAAGCGUCCCCAUGCACACGUUUGCCAAGUAUCUCUUCACCUCCCUGCUACCUCACGACGCCGAGCUGGCGUACAAAAUUGCACUGAGGGCCAUGCGGUUGCCGGUCUUGGAGUCCACGGCGCCGUCCGCUGACCUGUCUCGGCCUCACCACAUCGUGUCAGUGGUGCCAAACCGCCUCCCCCGCUGGUUCACUCUCAGCCACAUCGAGACCCAACAGUGUGAGCUGGCUUCCACCAUGCUCACCGCUGCUAAAGGUGAUGCCCGUAAGCUUGAAACAGUGUUGGAGUCCAUCCAGAAGAACAUCCACUCCUCGUCCCACAUCUUCAAACUUGCCCAGGAUGCCUUCAAAAUCGCCACUCUCAUGGACAGCCUGCCAGACAUCACGCUGCUCAAAGUCUCCCUGGAGCUGGGUCUUCAGGUGAUGAGAAUGACGCUGUCUACCUUAAACUGGCGGAGGAGAGAGAUGGUGCGAUGGCUGGUCACUUGUGCAACAGAAGCUGGUGUGUUUGCACUGGACAGCAUCAUGCAGAGCUGGUUCACCCUUUUCACCCCCACCGAAGCCACCAGCGUCGUGGCGAGCACCGUCAUGUCCAACAGCACCAUCGUCCGCCUGCACUUGGACUGCCAUCAGCAGGAGAACCUGGCCAACUCCGCCCGCACCCUGGCCCUACAGUGUGCCAUGAAGGACCCCCAAAACUGUGCCCUCUCAGCCCUGACGCUCUGCGAGAAGGACCACAUUGCCUUCGAGACAGCCUAUCAGAUUGUCCUGGACGCGGCAGCCACGGGGAUGAACUACACACAGCUGUUUACAAUAGCGCGCUACAUGGAGCACCGCGGCUAUCCCAUGAGGGCGUACAAACUUGCAACAUUAGCCAUGACGCACCUGAACCUCAGCUACAACCAAGACACGCACCCGGCGAUUAACGACGUGCUCUGGGCCUGUGCGCUCAGUCACUCACUGGGGAAAAAUGAACUGGCAUCUGUCAUCCCCCUGGUGGUGAAGAGCGUGAAGUGCGCCACUGUUUUGUCAGACAUUUUGCGGCGGUGCACGCUAACGACGCCGGGCAUGGUGGCGCUGCAUAGUCGCAGGAACUCUGGGAAGCUGAUGCCUCUGGACAAGGCUCCACUCAGGCAGCUGCUGGACGCCACGAUCGGGGCCUACAUCAACACGACACACUCUCGGCUGACGCACAUCAGCCCACGCCACUACAGCGAGUUUAUCGAGUUCCUCAGUAAAGCCAGAGAGACUUUCCUUAUGGCGCACGACGGACACAUCCAGUUCACACAGUUCAUAGACAACCUGAAACAGAUCUACAAGGGCAAGAAGAAACUGAUGAUGCUCGUACGAGAGAGAUUCGGUUAAAAAGAUCAAAUUGCCCUUCUUUUUUUUUUUAAAUAAAAAAAAAACAAAAACUUUUUUUUUAUCCUUUAUAACUACUACGAUCUGGCACUUCGGGGUCAAAUGUGAAAAUGAACAAUUUCCUGAAGGGGAAUAAUUAGACUGUGAUGUGGCAAAAGUCACAUUCAUUCAUUGUGAGUCGCACCAAGCAGGAAUACGUACUGACGAGACGUGCGAGGACGAUAGGAAGAAGAUAUGAAAAUACAUUAAGGGUGAAUUUUCUUCUUCAAAUGACAAGUUUAAAAUCGAAGGAGAAAAACACCAUAAAAGCAACAGCUGGUAUUGUGUAUAAAGGAGUCAGUUUAUGGAGUAUAUUAUACUGUGUUGUCCAGUGGCAAAAUGUCCACCUUGCACUCCUACUUCCCUCAGCUAACGUUCAACAGCCUCAAAGACGAAGACAAACGGCUUUAAACCAAAUGGAGAAACUCCAUCUGAAGUGACAAGUACCUCUUUUUAAAGGAUCCAGCUUUACUCUCUCCCCUCUCCGAGUCCUGGCCCAUUUGAUCUGUGAAGAGAAAGAAAAACUCACCAUCAGAAUUCAUUUUACUGGGUUCGAUAUUCGUUUUCAUCUUCAGGCUGACUGUUCUGGCUUUGCAGUGUUGUCUCAAACAUUCAGUAUGCUUAUUUUACUGUCACAGAAACAGAAAAAAACAAACUGUCUUGUGGAAGCUGUCGACAUACAUUCUCAGGGAUUUCUCUUAAAAAAAAAGAAAAGAAAAGAAAAAAAUCAGACAAAAAAAACAAAAAGAACAAAAGCAUUUUAUUGUCCUGUAUAUAUGAAAGUAUAUGUCUGAAUAUUGGGGGAAAAAAUGUAUAUGUUAACUAAUUUAUGACAGAAUAUUCUAUGUAAGGCACAAUACUUGAAGCUGCAGUACUUUUUGGUUUUUGAAACAAAAAACAUAUCAGAAGGACUUCAAAAAACAUUCGCCUUGCAUCGCAUCAGGGGCCAGUUCAAAACAGAAGUACACUGCUGGCUGUUUUUUGGCUCUGCAGGCAUGUAAUGAGCUGCAGAAACCAAGACAGGAAGUGGACAUGCAAAGUGUGUAUUCUCCUGAACACAGACGAGUAUUGAGGAUUGUAGGAGCCGAGAGAAAGAGACGACUGUGGAAGCAAAGCAGCGACAACAUACAGCUGCGAUAUUCGAGUGAGAUCUGCCUCCGUGUCUCUUUUCGCAGUGAUUCAGUCACAAAAAGCUCUGUUUUAUGUCCACGCCUCUUCUGACGUCUCGACUUUGUGCAGGACAGAAAGUUGCUCUAUACUGUCGAUCUUGACUGUUUAUGAAUUUAUUUUUUCUCCUCUUCAGUUUUUUUCCCUCUAGAAUUCCUCACACAAGAAAAGCCUUCUUUCUUGCCUUGUCUUAAUGCUUUAAAAUAACCAAAUGGGAGUUUUACCUACCAAACUUUUCUCUUACGCCAAUACUACUUGGUUACUUUUUUUAGUGUCUUUCAUUUUUUAGCUAAACUGUAUUCUGUGCUUUAAAAGCUCCAUUCAUCUAUUUUUUCAGUGUUGUCUCUAGUUAGUAGCUCCCUUUUGUUUAGAAAUAUGCUCCCUUUUUAUUUAUUAUGUUGAGUAAAUGAUUGUACAACCACGUCAACAAGCUCAUGAAGUUGAACUAAGAUUUGAUACACUGAUCAAUUUAUUUAUGUAACUAAAUCACUGUUUUAUAAACUUGUUAAUGAAUCAA